UUCACUUUCAGGGCAUUUUCAAAUCCCAAUCCAUCAGCAACAACAGCCCACCAAAACCUGACUGAAUUGGAUGUCUCCGCCAAUAACUUCUUUCCCAGUCUCAUCCCACCUGGUAUAUGUGCGUUCUUCCCCAACAUGGAUUAUCUAUCCCUAUCGGGUAACAAAUUCUAUGGUGAAAUACCGCCGGAAUUAUCAAAUUGUUCCUCUUUCGGUUUAUUAGAUGCUAGUAAUAAUCAACUCUCGGGUGAAAUUCCAAGAUGGAUUUGGAAUAUGUCUGUCGACAACAUUCUAGACCUUUCAAAGAACAAAUUUUCGGGACAUCUGCCACCGGGUUUCAUUUCUCCAUUGACGAAUGAAGUUUAUCUGUCCAGAAAUCGGCUAGAAGGAACCCUGCCAGCCACAUUUUAUACAGACUACUCAGUAGGUGUCUUGGAUCUGAGUCACAAUCAUUUGAUGGGUACAAUCCCAAAUUGGAUCGGUAGAUUGCCUCAACUGAGUUAUAUCUUAUUGAAUGACAACCAGUUUCAUGGAGAGCUUCCGUGUACAUUUUGCUUAGAAACCUCAAAACUGAUUGAUGUUUCUCACAAUCAUUUGUCUGGUCAUAUCGGCUAUGAAAUAUUUACAUCAAACGGCACCAACUGCAAUGGACGGAAUGCAUAUGAUGAUCCUCAUAAUGAUCUGGAGUUUGUCACAAAGACAAAAACAUAUACUUACCACGGGAAGCCUCUCUAUCAUAUGAAUGGUUUGGAUUUCUCGAGCAACAAUUUCACCGGAGAGAUCCCUCCUCAAAUCGCCCAUCUGGGUGACAUCAAAGUCCUUAAUUUUUCAUACAACAUGUUUAUAGGAUCUAUCCCGGAGACAAUUGCAAACCUAUCACAGAUUGAGAGUUUGGAUCUUUCUCACAAUAAUUUGAGUGGGGUGAUUCCUUCCCAACUCACGGAGUUGCACUAUCUAUCCACUUUUAGCGUGGCUUACAACAACUUAUCUGGUAAGUGUCUUCAAAAGAUUGCACAAUUCAAUACAUUUGAUGAAGAUAUCUACCGAGGAAAUCCACUUCUUGACUGCACAUUACCACUCAUGACACCGAAUCCAUUGGUAAGGCCGACAACAUAUGAUGGUGAUGAAGGAGGGUUCAUUGACAUGGAGAGUUUCUACGUUAGUGGCUCGAUAUCUUAUGUCAUGGUGUUGUUGGUAAUAGCGAGUGUUUUGCGUAUAAAUCCAUAUUGGCGACGCGUAUGGUUUUAUUGCGUUGGUGUCACCAUAACUACUUGCUAUUAUUUUGUGGUGGACCAUCUUCCAGUGCCAACAAGGUACAAGGUGUGGGAACCUCGUGUAUAG